AUGUCCAGACCCUUCUUCCUCUUCCUUUUUUUCCUCCUUCCAGUGGCUUUGAUAGUACUCCCAGCAGUCGUCGUCGUCGAGGCAUCAUCGUCCUUCGACGACGCCGUGAACACGCGCUUACACGACUUGAGAAAGAGAAACCAAGCUUUGAAAGAUUCUCUUCGGAGGAAAUUGGAGGAAACGUCCACGAAAUUGGACGUGGAAGACGCGUUUAUCGUCGCUUUGAACAACGCGCACGAAGACGAAUCGCUGAUAACGAGCGAACGAUUAAAAAAGAAAACGAAAGGGAAAGAGUUGGAAUUUAUCACCGAUCACGAGGGGCAAACGUUCGCGUGCGUUUUACCUUCUUCGUCGUCUUCGUCUUUAAAGAAGAAGAAGAAAGGAGAAGAAGGAGAGAAAGAGAACGGAGGGGGAGACAACAAACGAGAAGAAGGAGAUGCGGAAGAGGAAGAAAAAGAAGAAGAAGAAGAAGAACCAAACGCUCCAUCGAUUGCGUCGCUACUGCAGCCGCUCACGAACGCGUGCUUCUAUAGAUUUGAAGGAUGGUGGACGUACGAGUUUUGUUUCAAGAAACACGUUCGACAGUACCACGUAGAAAGUAACGCGAAAGUUUCCGUGGACUACUCUUUAGGUAAAUUUAACGAAGCUUUGACUAAUAAAACGCGCGACGAUGAAAAUGAAACGGAAAUUAAGAAACGAGAGGCAUCGGUGGGUAUUCCAGCGACGGCGUUUCACGUGCAUCAUUUUACAGACGGUACGGAGUGCGACAUCGGUUCGUUAGAAACGAGGAAAACGGAGGUACACUUUGUGUGCGCAGAGGAAGGACAGAACACAGUUUUGAGCGUCAAAGAGCCGACUACGUGUUCUUAUAACUUACAAUUCGCGACGCCUUUGCUGUGUUCACACGAAGCGUUUGUUACGAAGGAGAAGAACAUCGAGCCAAUUCGGUGUUACGCGUACAAAAAUGAAAAGGAAGACGAAAGAACGUUUCAAGAAAUACUCCUCGACGCUGGUAAUUACGACGAAGAGGACAUUAAUAGCAAAAAUAGCGAGCGAGAAAAUAGCGACGGCCACGGUAAAAACGACGAGUUGUAA